GGUCGCUCGUCUCGUCCCCUUCCUCUCGCGGGCAGCAACACCAGGAGACCUCGGCGGCUACUCGACGGGGAGUCGCAUUUGGUGGUCCUCGAUGACGGACGUCCCUGCCUCCCUGGUCGUCCGCGGCGACUACAUCCCGGCGAAGUUACUCCUCUCUGUCCCGCUCCCCCUCCCACGGCAGCCGGCGGUUACAUCCCGGGGUGUGCUCUUGUGCCGGCCAUCCUGGUUCCAUGAUGUGCGCAACCGCUGCUGCUUGUGCUCGGCAGCCGGCAACCGCGUUGCCGUGAUGUGCGCUGCCGCUGCGGCUCCGAUGACCACUGCUGCAGCCUGCAGGGACGCGGCGUACAGCACCGCGUGGACGGACCGACCUUUCCCUUCGCCGCCUCGAACAUCAGUAGCUCGUCCAUGGUACGGAAUCCAACACCGUGCUCUACUCCGUCCACCUUGUGCAGGUCGUCCCACGCGGUCCUUGAGCCGCACGGCCGCCGCCUCCGUGCAGGUCGUCUCGCGCCGUCCAUGGCUGGAUGCAUCUUGGCGACUUGGCUCAUGGAUGGAUUCAUCAGCAUGUGGAGACAGGGAGAAGAGAGGCAAGCACGAGGUGCUGGAAAGCCAGAGAGAACGGCGGCCGCGACUGGAUUCAUCCCGAUUUGGGGAAUCAGUGAGCUCUGUUUUAGUCAAACAGCCACAAAGGUGAUUAUAAAAUGUUAUUGCACUGUGAAGACAAUUCCUCUAGUAGCAACAAGACAUAUCCACUGAGCAAAUUCUUCAAAGGGAUGCCACUGCUCGAGUACCUUGUUCUGCAGCUGAAAGGACCUCAGGCGAGUAACCUACCUCAGAAAACCAUUUUGGAAUGCCAACUUUACAUCUCAACCUAGUAAAAUAUCAUUGCAUCAUCGUGUAUGUAGAUGUGGAUUGAACCAACCGCCAUUCCCAGUCGGUUCAGUCAUCUCAGGAAGCUUUUCAUUGCCAACGUGCCAAUAUAUUGGGACAUAUCCUGGAUUUUCAUCCUACUAGAUGCCGCACCUUCUUUGGAGUCGCUCCAUCUUCAUAUUGACAGCAACUAAGAGAACAUGAGUAUUGGACUAGAUGUGCAAGGGAAACAUGAGUACCAUCUCCUGAAGGAACUAGUGGUCAUUGGCUUCAAUGGAGUUAGUUGGCAGACUUCUUUUGUGAAGCAGAUCAUGAGGGCGUCGCCAAGGCUGAUUCGUAUCCAUCUUCUUGAUUGGCAUGUUGUUGAAGACGACGAGCAGGAGCUUGGGAGCCUUGAAAUAGUCCCAAAUCGGCGUGAUUGGGAGGAAUGUGAGAGAUUAGAGGUGCUUGAUGAUCUUGUAGAUGGAUUUUCUUUGCAGUACUGUGAAAUAAUUUUAGAAUCAGUUUCUGUCAAUGCAGGGACAUACAAGCAGUAUGCUUGCUUAAAAUAAAAUAAUAAUGGAGUAUGCUUAGUAUUUUUUGAAAUGUCUAAGGGAAGAAAUUACAUGGCAAUCCCUAUUUCUAUUAGCUCCAUUGUGGGCAAUGCAUUUAUGUCUCUGAGAUGUGA